AAGAGAAAUAAUGGAAUAAAUUAAGACAGUUACACCGUUAUCAGCAUAUUAUGUUGAAAUUUAUCUCGUCGUCUCUACGAGUAAAUGCUCCGUUAAUACUGCGUCAGAGCAGAUACUACAGCUCCGUCACAUUUUACUUUCACUUUCAGUGAAAAUUGAGCAAGGUUUACAGUGGAUUUCCUGUGUCUGUGUUCCAGAAAUAUUAAAAAUGGAUGAAGCUGAAGAAGUUUUAGAAACUAAUCAAGGCAGAGAUUUUAGUCUUGUGGAUCCUGUAUCUGCUGACCCUGGAGAAGAUGUCACCUUACCUGUUCAUCUCUCACCUGAAACCAGUGCUGUGUCUAUGGAAAUCAGAUGGUUCAAAUGGACAGAGCUCAUUUAUCAGUAUAUGAACGGGCUGGAGAGGACAAAUAAUGAUUAUGAGGACAGAGUGAGUCUGUCCAUGCAGGGGCUGAAGAGAGGAAAUGUUUCUCUGACAUUGAGAAAUGUUGAAGAGUCAGAUUCAGGAAAAUACACAUGCAAAGUCUUUCAUGAUGAUGUAUGUCAGAAGACAGCAACAGUUCACCUACAAGUGAGAGGGGAAGAACAGCUGCAGAGAGAGAUAGUGGAACUGAAUAGACAGAAGAAGAAAGUGGAACUGGAUGGACAGAUAAAGAAACUGGAAUUGGAAAAACAGAGAGUGGAAUUAGAAAUGCAGAAACAGAUAAUGGAGCUGGAGAGACAGAUAGAGGAUCUAGAGAGGCAAAAAAAUGAACUUCCCUCACGCACUCAUACAUUACCUGUUUUAGGUUCUUCACCGAGACGUAAAAAUAGUAUUGAUGGAAUUCCUCCACGCAUGAGUGAUGAUGGCACACCAAUGACACCAGAAAUAGAAGAGCAGAGAGAGACCAAAGACACAAGUGGGGUUUUAGGUUCUUCACCGAGACGUAAAAAUAGUAUUGAUGGAAUUCCUCCAUGCAUGAGUGAUGAUGAUGAGACUCCAAUGACACCAGAAACAGAAGAGCAGAGAGAGACCAGAGCCACAAGUGGGGUGGAAACAGAAAGUGGUGAUCCAAACACAACACAAACAGAAGAAGAGACUACAGCCACUGACUAUGAUGCCCCAGGAACGUCAUCACAGUCUCUACAAAGAACAAGUACAUCAGUGAUUUCAGCUGAAAGAGCUACACAAACACAAGAGGACCCUGGAGCAACAGUGCAAAUGGAUCAGGAAAGGAGACAAGAGAGUGAAUCCACAGAGCAAGAGUAUGAUCUGGUCCUGCUGUCCCGCACACCUGAGGGUCUCCAGCAAAGCCUGUCCCUGCUGGAACAGUACUGUCAUGAGUGGUCCCUGACAGUCAAUCUGGACAAAACCAGAGUAAUGGUGUUCCAGAAAAAGGCCAGAUCUCAGGCAAACAAACACCAGUUCACUUAUAAAGGCCAGGUCCUACAGCAUAGCACCAGCUACAGUUAUCUGGGCAUCGACAUCAGCGCUUCGGGAAGCUUUGAAAUUUCUCCAGGCCUAUCUGAAGAUUUUAGUCUUGUGGUUCCUGUAUCUGCUGACCCUGGAGGAGAUGUCAUCUUACCUGUUCAUCUCCCAUCUGAAACCAGUGCUGUGUCUAUGGAAAUCAGAUGGCUUAGAGGAACAGAUCUCAUUUAUCAAUAUAUGAAUGGGCAGAAGAUAACAGGUAGAGACUAUGAGGACCGAGUGAGUCUGUCCAUCCAGGAGCUGGAGAGAGGAAAUGUUUCUCUGACUUUAAGAAACGUUCAAGAGUCAGAUUCAGGAGAAUACACAUGCAAGGUCUUUCAUGAUGGAUGUCUGCAGACUGGAAUAGUUCACUUACAAGUGAAAGGCCCCACAUCUAGACGUACAAAUAGUAUGGAAGGAAUUUUCCCACUCAAGGAAAGACAGCUGUUGAGACAGAUAUUGGAACCAGAGAGACCGAUAAUGGAACAGCAACAGAUGAAGAAACUGGAGAGAGAGAGAACAGAACUGGAACUGGAGAGACGGAUGAAGGAACUGGAAAGACAGAGAACAGAAUUGUUGAGACAGAAAACGGAACUGGAACCAGAGAGACAGAUAGUGAAACUGCAACAGAUGAAGGAACUGGAGAGACAGAGAAAAGAACUGGAACUGGAGAGACGGAUGAAGGAACUGGAGAGACAGAUGAAGGAACUGGAAACGGAGAGACAGAGAAUGGAACCUCAGCGGAUGAAGGAACUGGAGAGACAGAGAAUGGAACUGGAGAGACAGAUGAAGGAACUGGAAACGGAGAGACAGACAAACAAACUUCCCUUACCCAGUUUUGCAUUACAUGGUCCUACACGUAGACAACGUCAAGAUAGUAUGGAUGGAUCUCGCCCCGUCAUGAGUGAUGAUACAGAAACUUCUGAAACAGAAGAGGAGAGAGAGACCAGAAACAUAAUGGAAAGAGAGAGAGGUUAUCAAAACACAAGACGAACAAGUGAAGAAAAUACUGCCACUGACCAAGAGACCCCAGGAACAUCAUCACAGGUUCAGCAAAGAACAAGUAUACACCAGUGACAACACAAACACCAGAGAGGACAGAAGACAGAACACAAAUGAGAUGAGGAAGUACAGCAAAAAAUAAUUAAUUAAAAAGCCAAAUUAUGUUAUUGAACAUUGAGUAGGAGAUUACUACUAAUGAGGCUAAAUAUGUUUAGAAAAUGUUUAUAAUAGUUAACUUACCAUUUUUUAAAUCAGUUUUUCCUACCAUUUAAACGUGUAAUGUUGGAAACAUCUGGAAUCAUUCUCAAUUUUGUGAUGUUUGGUUUGGUGAUGUUUCUGAUACAUGUUUUCUGAUAGGAAGCCUAGAGUGAUUUCUCAUGACACCUAUUUUAAUGAUUUCUGUCAAAGAUCGUUAAUUCCAAAGAAUGAUUUACAGCAGCUUUACAUUUCUGUUUCCAUUGAAUGUAACAUACCAUUUAAUUUUAUAAUAUUGUUACAUCUAAUCCAUAUUUUCUUUUACCUAAUGUCAAAUUAAGAUAAAACAACUUUAUUCCACAAUGUAUACAGUAUUUUGCAAGUUUAUCUUUUUUCUGUACUGCCUAACACUAGUUUUACACUGUCCAUCUUAAGUUUAAACCUUACUGAAGAUUGUUGCUGUUAUUUUAUUUUCACUUUAAUAAUAAAUGAAAUGAAAAACAA